AUGGAUUCGGCGAAAUCAGCUGCAGCGUCUCGAUAUCUAAACAUCAGAUGCUAUUCCGGUCAAGCAGACAAUGCCUCAUCAGGCAUUUUGUCAUCAGGCACUGGCUCGGUAGCAGGCAUUGGUUCGGCAGCACAAAAUGGCUCGGCAGCAGGCAGUGGGUCGGCAGCAGGCGACGCAGCAGGCGAUGGAUCAGGCGACGGACUGAAGGGUUUGAACGAGGAGCAGCGAGCAGCGGUGGUGGCAUCGCCACACGGCUGCGUGCGCGUGGUGGCUGGUCCUGGAUCCGGCAAGACCCGCGUGCUCACACACAGGGUCGUGAAUUUGAUCAAGAACCUCGGAGUGCACCCCCGUAAGAUACUGUGUAUCACCUUCACCAACAGAGCAGCCAAUGAGCUUGUGACACGUCUCCAGGACCUCCUGUCUCCCGAGGCUGCUGCAGCUGUCCAUGUGGGGACCUUUCACGGCAUUGCAGCUCGCAUUCUCAGGCACGAGAUGCUUCCCUCUCUUCGCAACCGAAGAUGCUACAGGGACUACACCAUAUAUGACGAGGAUGAUUCACUGCGAGUGAUAAAGGAGAUUGAUAAGCAGGAGAAAGAAAGGCUCGCUAAGAUCAUCCCAUAUCAGCCAGGGAAAUCCAAUUCAGCAGCAGCAGGAGGAGCAGCAGCAGGAGCCAAUCCGGACGGCCUAUACGAGGCCAUGUCACAUCUCUCUCUCCAAUCAGGCGACGCCACGUCAGCAGCACAGGCAGCAGUGGCAGAAGUGCUGGGGGAUAGAGGGGGUGGGGGAGCGGGAGGAGAUGGGGUAGACGGGGAUAAGGAGGGAAACCGGUUGAAAAAUAUAAGGGAUGCGGUGUUGAGGUAUAAGGAGGGGGGGAUGAAAGAGGACAUGAGGGGGAGAGUGGGGGAGAGGAGGAGAGGGAGGUUCGAAGGGGAGUUGAGCAUAGGAGGCUCCAUUCCCAGAUACGCGAAGCUGUACGAGGACGAGCUGAGGCGGAGCAACGCGUUGGACUUUGACGACCUCACACACUUCCUCCUCGACCUCUUCCACACCCAGCCCCACGUGCUCAAGAAAUACCAAGAGCGCUUUCAGCAUGUGUUGGUGGACGAGUUUCAGGACACGGAUUCGUUCCAGUACGAGAUAGUGCGGCUACUGACACUCAACUCCAAGCGCCUGUUCGUUGUGGGGGACAUUGACCAGUGCAUCUACUCCUGGCGCGGAGCAGAGUACCACUACCUGCAGCGGCUUUUAGACGAGGACUUUGAUGACGUCACCACGCUGCAGCUUCGCAGCAACUACCGGUCAUCCCAGAGCAUCCUGCAGGCAGCAAAUCGAGUGAUUCAGGGCGGACCCAGGGACAGGCGCGUUGGGGGAGGCACCCUGGAGCUCAAACCAACCAAGCCCCCAGGCCAUCCGGUGUUCUUCUCCUUCUUCCCCUCGUGCGCCAGUGAAGCCGCAACAAUUGCUGAGGAGAUAGAGAGUCUGGUCGACCCCGCUGAGCUGUCCCCCUGGCGGGGGCAAGCAGGCGCGAGGGGGGGCGCGGGGGGAUGGGCGAGGGGAGGGGCGGGGGCAGGGGGAAGGGCAUGGGCGGGGGGAGGGGCGAGGGAGGGGGCAAUGGGACGGGCGAGGGCAGGGGAGGGCGGAGGGGCGAGGGGAGGGGGAAUGGGAGGGGAGAUGGAAGGGGAGGUGGGAGGGGAGGGAGCAGGGGCGAGUGGGGGCUAUGCAUGGAAGGACUUUUGUGUGCUGUACCGCACACACGCUCAGGCCGUGCAGCUGCAACAGGGGCUGGCGGACCUCGCAAUUCCAUGCAUUGUCGUGGGCGGGAGCACUCUGUUCCAGAGGAAGGUGGGUUGCUGCUUUGAUGUGCCUCGUGUUGCCUGGGGGCCAAGGCAUCUCAGCCAAACAACGCUCCAGCAGGGGCUGGCGGACCUCGCCAUCCCAUGCAUCGUUGUGGGAGGGAGCACGCUGUUUCAGAGGAAGGUGGUGAAGGAUCUCAUAGCAUACAUGAGAUUGGUCGCCAGUCCAGCAGACAGUGUUGCACUGGGUCGGAUAUACAACACGCCCUCCAGAGGCCUGGGGGCGAAGUCAUGGGCGACAGUGCAGCAGUGGGCUCAGGGCCUCGACUCCCCCACGGGCACUGCAAUCCUGGAACUAGCACUGGGCAAGCAUGCAGACAACCCUCCUUCCAUCUCCAAAAAGGCCAGGGAAAAUCUCCUCAGCUUCGCACACCUCAUUCUCUCCUUCCGUACUGCUGUAGGCACAGUUGAUGGCGACAACUCAAGUCUGAGUGCUUCGAGUCUCAGUGAUUCGAGUCUUGAUAAAUCAAGUCCCGGUGAUUCGAGUCUUGGUGAUUCGGGGCUAAGUGGGAGCAGUGGUGUGACCGAAGGGCUGCCUCAUGCGGGAGGGCUGCUGAGGACUAUAGUGGAUGU